CAAAACAGACUUCUGCAUGAACAAAGCUCAGGCAGCAGAGAUAAACAGAAGGGCUGAGCUGAUACUUCUCGAUCUGGAAUAACCCUAAAAUAUGCUUCCCGACUGCCUAAAUUAGAUUUAUCUCCAUGUAUUGUUUGUAAAACUUGUGACAUUUAAGAUUAAAGUUUCUUCUUUUAAGUCAAAGGUAGUACGAUGUUAUCCUUUUUCACGUCGCUUCUUCCGACUUCCUACUUCCUACCAGGGUGGUUGACUCUAGAUACAAAUCCACUGGAUAGUUUACUUCAAGGACUCAUAGGUGCAUGUGGGAUCUCUGUGCUAUGCUCCCUGGUGAGAGUUCACUUAUUCCUAGAGGAGGAGAGCUGGAGUGAUAAAAAUGGUAAAGAUACAUCAAGCCAGAGAACACCUCAAAGGGGAACUAGAACUGGACUUACUGGGAUGCUCCAGUUUUUCUUGGUGGCUGGGAUGCUGGCUGUAGUGGGCUCCCGUGUUGCCUCCCUGGUGGUACUAGAGUUUUGUCUUCGAGCUGUCUCUGGAUGGGUCACAGCUGGACCAGAGUCCAGGAAAUUUCUGCAGCAGCUGUUAGUUCAAAGCCAGUUCUCUCUGGGCUGUGCCCUAAGCUGCAGUUUGCACUUUCUCCACGAGGGGGCGUCCCAGCGCUGGCUAUGCCUACUCCUGGCAGCAGCACUCAGCUGGUUCCUGGCUCGAAAGGCCACACUCCUGCUGCACCAUGUCAUGGCCCUGUAUAAACUCCACAGUUCGCAGCGCUACUGCGGCAUUUGCAUCAGCCUCCUCACAUCAGGCCGCUGCCUGCUGCCCAUGCUGUGCAAGACAAUGAUCAUUGCUUUCUCUGUGGCUGUGGUGGCUGCCAUAUCAAUCAUUAAUAAACACUUCCUCUCUGCUACAGAGGCCCUUAGGUUCUGGACACCACUGACUAUCUGCUACACACUGUUGGUUGUGUACAUGCAGGACGAACAGCACCGUCUGCGCGGCAGCCAGACUGUCAUGAACACAGUAGUGGUGCGUCUCGGAGGUUUGAUGGUCUUGAUGCUGACUGUUGGACGCUGGGCCGACGUGCUCCAAAUCUUAAUGUGUUUCCUGGGUGAGGCCAGCUGUCUAAUCCCCACUAUGGAUCUGCUGGAUGCGGCAUCCUCACAGGAUGAAGAGGAUUAUACAGACAGCGUAAAGAGGGAGCGUCGACCAGGACCACAGCCAAAACAGAAGGAGCACCAAAGAUAGCCACUCUGGGGUUUUAAAAACUUGUGGCAUUUAUUUUUAAUGGCCAUUAAUUAGCGUAAGUCCUAUUAGGGCUACAUCAACAAUGAGUGCUUUUGUAUUUAGAAUGUGAUAUUUUUUCAUUAAAAAGUCAGAGGAGCACAA